UUUUUUUUUCUCUCUGUUCUGUGUUUACAUUGAGUAGCGGAUGCUGAAAACAGCUGAGACACUGCAAAGCGAUAAGUGAAGGUUGUUGCGCAUAUAAACACUAAACCGUUUCAAGCCAUAUUCGAGACAUACAGUGUAUAAAGCACUGUAUUCAACACUGACAAACACAGGCCUGCAGUUUCAAUGCAUUUCAGAGUACUGAAAACUCUCCGGCGAUGGACGCAAAUGAUUUGUUUGCAAGCUGUAGGAAGGGAGACGUUUCAAGAGUUAGGUACCUUGUCGAACAGAGAGAUGUGGAACUGAAUGUCCGAGACAGAUGGGACAGUACCCCAUUGUAUUAUGCAUGCUUGUGUGGCCAUGAGGAGCUGGUUCAGUAUCUGCUGGUGAACGGUGCGAAAUGUGAGGCGAACACAUUUGACAGAGAACGCUGUUUGUAUGGCGCCCUAAGCGAUACGAUCCGGAGGCUACUGAAGGAGUACAAGCAGAUCACCGCCAAGGGAAAGCAGAGGGAUUACUAUGAUGACUUCCUGCAGAGACUUCUUGAGAAAGAUAGAGACAGUGAUAUUGUGUUCAUCGUCCACGGAAAAACCUUCACCGCUCACCGUUGCAUCCUCAGCGCGCGUUCCAACUAUUUCAAUGAGAUGUUUGAAACGAAGUGGAAAGGGAAGAGCAUCAUCGCCCUGAAACACCCACUGGUAAAUCCAGCAGCCUUUUGCUCAAUUUUGCAGUACUUUUAUACUGGCCGUUUGGACAUUGAUGUGGAGUAUGUUGAGGACUGCAUACGACUCGCCAAGCAGUGCAAAAUAGAUGACCUCAUAGAGGAACUGGAGAACAAAUGCAAAAAGGUCUAUGAAUUUGUGUCUUCCAAGCCGGGGACCUGUGUGAAAGUCCUGACGCUGGAACCGCCGAAUAAUUUCCAGCUCCAGGAGGACCUAGCUAUAUUAGCGGACUGCGCGUUGCCUGCUGAACUCAGGGUGGGAUUUGGGGAGCUGCCCUUUGACCGAACUGACAACUUUACAAACUCCCCUGACGUCUGUUUCAGAGUUGAAGGCUAUGACUUCCUGUGUCAUAAGGCCUUUUUCUGUGGCCGCAGUGAUUAUUUCAAGGCGCUGCUGGAGGAUCAUUUUUGUGAGAGUGAAGCGUUGCAGUCUCAGCCCAGCAUCCCUGCAGUGACCCUGCACAACAUCACCAAGGACAUCUUCAUCAGGGUCAUGUAUUACAUCUACAGUGACGACACCGAGCUGUCUCCAGAGAAUGCCUAUGAUGUGCUGUGUGUGGCCGACAUGUACCUGUUGCCAGGGCUGAAGAGGCUCUGUGGUAAAACCUUGGCGCAGACCCUCCACCAAGACAAUGUUGUCAACAUCUGGAAAACAGCCCGACUCUUUCGCCUGUCGCGGCUUGAGGACCAGUGCACUGAGUACAUGGCCAGGAUCAUAGAGAAGCUGAUGGAGAUGGAGGAGUUUGCAGAGGCGAUUAAGGAGGACGCAGAUGCAGUGGAAGCACGGCAGGAGACCGACUCUAUCCCUCUUGUCGAUGACAUCCGCUUUCACAUCACCAGCAACGUGCAGACCUACAGUGACAUCGAGGAGGCCAACCAGAAACUAGAGGCCCUGGAGCAGCUGCUGGGCAGCAUCGGACUCGACUGCUGAGGAGUGGCCUGAGAGCAGCAUUAAUUGUCAGCUGAAUAAUCAUAAACAAGCCAGAAUGAUAAUAUUAAGCUUUUAUUCAUGGAUGACAGCAGUAAUAAACCCCAUAGUCCUCCUCCCCCUUCCACUUCCAGGACAUUUUCUUUAGGAGACCUUGGUCUCUGCGCAAACCCCUCGACCUUAUUUGGAUGCCAGCAGUUCCUUUAUGCAGUCACACCUCACUGCUAAAAUAGAGGGGUACAUAUCUGAGGGUGCUUAUAUGAAGUGAUGCUAGUAACCUGCUACCAAAUCCUGCCAUGCGUAUUCCCAGCGCAUUGGAAAACAGGUGGGUCUUGUCCAAUCAUGAAGGCUUCUCUGAUUUGUGCCACUGUAAGUGUGUAGCUUGUCACAUUAAAGACAUUUUAAUCAAGAAACCAGUAGGAUUUUUAUUUCCCGGUACCUUAUUUUUUUUUCUAGCAUUGCGUCAUAAAAACCCUAAACAAUAUAUCAAGCCUCUCAUUUGAUGACCAAAAGCCCAGUAAUACCAUGUGUUUUUUAAUCAUAUAUACUGGCAGUUAAUAAUACUUAAAAGCUUUGAAUGAAACUCCUGAGUGAUUGUGAAACUGGAGAAAACAGUUUAGAGAUAUCAGUUACACAGUAGAUAAUACAAUGCAUUCUGGGUUAGUAUCUUACCAUCCUAUUUACUGCUUAUCCAACAGUUUUACCGUUCUAUUGGAAAUAUGAGUUGUAUGACACAGCCUAGAUUAUGGAUACAUAUAAGGGAUCUUCAAUUUAUAAAUAGAAUUUGACAGCACUUGGCAAUAAAAGCACAGGAUGGCUUUUUUCAUGUAAUUGCUUCUGUUGUUGUAGUAUUAACAGAAGAGCUGUUAUACACUGUGUAUUUAAAAAAAAAAAAAAAAAAAAAAAAAAAAAGCAUUUGACGAUGUUUGGAAAUAUGACUUAACUGGGUGCAUGAGAUGAAAAAAGUCAAAUAUACAAUCCUCACAUUGUUUCUUUAUUAUUUCUUGAAAAAUUCAAAAUUUCCCUUGGUUUUAGGUGUGGAAAGGUCUUUGAAAAGAGUCUUUUUGAAGUCUGCAUAACCUUAGUGGAAUUUAUAACCAGACCAGCCUAUAUAGCUUGCAGUCUGAUUGUCUUACUGUAUGUGCAUUGAGGUACACUAACUUAACCCAAGGAUGCUACUGCCAUGCGUACUAUAUUUAAAGAAGUGUUAACCAAGUUCAUUUCUUAACUUUUUUUAGCUUCAUUAACAUUAUUUUAUUUCAAUAAUGAACUUAUGCUGAUGUAAAUGUUGGCAAAACUGAACAAACUGCACCCAUAUAACCAAAGAGCCCAAAAAUCAGACCUUUGCACCAGUGCAUACAGAAAAUUGGGUACAAAAUAAAAAGCAGCAUAGCAACAACAAUUCACCUCCAAUCCAGGUAGCAGCAGACCCUAAAUGUGUGCCAAUAUUGUACAUACACACUGGCCUCCAAAAAGCAGUGUCUACAUCCUGUAUAUGA